AUGCAGGUGAAGGACCUAACAAAGUACCUCGAUCCGAGCGGACUUGGAGUCAUCAGCUUCGAAGAUUUCCAUCGAGGGAUCAGAGCUAUCAAAAAUGGAGAUCCUGACAGCCAGUUGUAUGAUAUGGGAUAUACCCCUGAGGAGGAAGCCCCGGCCUGUCCUGAUGAGUUUGAUGACUUUGUCACGUUUGAGGCAAAUGAGGUGACUGACAGUGCUUACAUGGGCUCAGAGAGCACGUACAGCGAGUGCGAGACCUUCACGGAUGAAGACACCAGCACACUAGUACAUCACGAGAUGCACGACGAAGUAGAAACGGACAGUGCCAUCGACUCCACUGUGCAUUCGGAGUUCACGGAUCCCAUCGAGGAGCCGGAGCAUGGAUCCCAUCCGCACGACCUGCCCCUGGGCUCAGACCUCGGCCACUCCAUCGUCACGGUCAUCAGCGGAGAGGAGCACUUUGAGGAUUACGGAGAAGGGAAUGAAGCAGAUUUGUUCUCGGACAGCUUGUGUAAUGGGGAAAGCAGCUUUAACAGCUCCUCGUUCCUCUCUCCCAGCACCAAUCCGCUCGCUGCGAAACUGCACAGCAUUAUCGCAGAUGAAGCAUUUGAGUUUUACUGUAGCCAGUGCCACAAACAAAUCAACCGCCUCGAGGAUCUUUCUGCUCGCCUGAAUGAUCUUGAAAUGAAUAGUCCAAAUAAAAGACUCUCAAGCAAGAAGGUGGCAAGACAGUUGCACCAGACGAGCACGCUGUCCGUGGGGGUGAUGGAGGGCUCUUACCGGGAUAUGCUGGAGUGUACAGAAGAGGACAUCACGGACAAGGUAAGAGCAGCGCUCAAGAGAGGUGGGGAGCUGGAGAAGGACACGGCCGCUAACGGCGAGCAGCACAGCCGCCUCAAGCAGGAGAACCUGCAGCUCGUGCACAGAGCAAAUGCUCUCGAGGAACAGCUGAAGGAGCAGGAGCUGAGAGCUGACCAAACGCUCCUGGAGGAGAUCAAGAAGCAGAGGGAGCUGCUGAGCAAAAUGGAGAGGGAGAAGAGCAUUGAGAUUGAGAACCUGCAAGCCAGGCUGCAGCAACUGGAUGAUGAGAACAGCGAGCUGAGAUCCUGCGUCCCUUGUUUGAAAGCCAACAUUGAGAGACUGGAGGAGGAGAAGCAGAAGCUGCUGGAUGAGAUCGAAGACCUCACUGUGCAGCUCACAGAGGAGCAGGAGAAAAAGAGGAAGAUGGGGGACAAGCUGAGUCAGGAGAGGCACCAGUUUCAGAAGGAGAAGGAGUCGACGCAGGAGCUCAUUGAGGACCUCAGGAAGCAGCUCGAGCACUUGCAACUCUUCAAACUGGAAGCUGAGCAGCGAAGAGGCAGGAGCAGCAGCAUGGGGCUCCAGGAGCAGAAAAGCAGGACACGGGAGACGGAGCUGGAGCAAGAGAUCAAGCAGCUCAAGCAGGAUAACAGGAACCUGAAGGAGCAGAACGAUGAACUGAACGGGCAGAUCAUUAACUUGAGCAUCCAGGGAGCCAAGAACCUCUUCUCAGCCUCCUUUUCUGAAUCCCUGGCAGCGGAGAUCAGCUCGGUCUCCAGAGACGAGCUCAUGGAAGCAAUUCAGAAGCAAGAGGAGAUCAACUUCCGCCUGCAGGAUUACAUUGACAGGAUCAUCGUGGCCAUCAUGGAGACGAAUCCCUCCAUCCUGGAAGUGAAGUAAGGGCGGCCGAGAGCCGCCGGCUGUGCGCUUGGCGAUGGGUGUAGAUUUGGUGCUCUGAGAGGAUGAAGAGGGACUGGAAACAUCUUUGCUCUUGAUGAAGGCACAAGGAAGCAUCGCGUCAGAUCG